GAGAGAGAGAGAGAGAGAGAGAGAGAGCAGUAGCAUCAGUGUGUGCCACACACCGAGGAUCGUCAUAAAGCGGCGAGAUGUGGAGGAUAGUGGAGCUCGUGGCGUGUUUACUGAUGAUGUCCAGUCAUGUAUCAUCUCAAAGCAAGAUCUUUGGGGAGGAGCAGGUCCGAAUGACAUCGGAGGGUUCCGACUGCCGCUGUAAGUGUAUCAUGCGACCUCUGACCCGGGAUGCGUGCGCCCGCUUGAAAACGGGAAGCGUGCGCGUGGAGGAUUUCUACACGGUUGAGACGGUGAGUUCUGGAGCCGACUGUAAAUGUUCCUGCACGGCUCCGCCCUCUUCGCUCAACCCCUGUGAGAACGAAUGGAAGAUGGAAAAACUCAAGAAACAGGCACCGCAACUGCUCAAGCUGCAGUCUAUGGUGGACCUUCUGGAGGGAACGCUCUUCAGUAUGGACCUUCUUAAAGUUCACUCAUAUAUCAACAAGGUGGUGUCUCAGAUGAACAACUUGGAGGAUAUGAUCAAGACGAACCUCUCACGGGAAAAUGAUUUCGUAAGAGACAGCGUGGCGACUCUGACCAAUCAGCUCCGUCAGUAUGAGAACCACUCUGACAUCAUGAUGAGCAUAAAGAAGGAACUGUCCAAUCUGGGCCAUCAGCUUUCGCAUAAAGACUCCGCCCCCUCAGGCCCAAAGAGCAAAGCACAGGACACAGUAGGGUUAAACAUUAUAGAUAUUUCAAAGUUUCCUGCGAAAAAGCCUGAGAAAGUGAAACCGCCACCUAAACAAGCGAAGGAGCAACCAGUUAGGCCAAAGAAAGAGACCAGUAAACCCAUCAAAUCCAGUAAAGGAGAGCAAACAGAACUGAGCAGUAAAGGCAAACCAUCACAAAACCAGCCGGGCGUCAUCCGAGGCAUCACAUACUACAAAGCCAAAACCGAUGAGGGGAGCAGCCAAAAUGAUAGAGGUAAAGAGAAUCCUGAUGAAACAGAAACUCUGCUAGAGGUAGAUGAGAGCAUCACACCACAAGUCAACUUAGCAUCAGACUCUUCCGUGACAACUGCACCCACGACAACAACCACCGUUUCCACGACAGCAUCAACCCAAAGCACAACGACCAGCCGAACAUUAUACAGAGAGGAAAGACCGGCUCCAACCAUAUCGCUAGUGCUGGACAACACCGGCAACAACACAUACAUUACAGUUAAAGAGCCAUAUUGUGAAGGGACCCUGGCAUCCAUCGAUCAGCCUGUCAAACAGCACAGCUACGGCAGGAAUGAAGGAGCUUGGAUGAAGGAUCCGGUUGCCAAGGACUCCAAAAUCUACGUCACCAACUAUUACUAUGGCAACAACCUUGUGGAAUUCCGGAACUUGGACAACUUUAAACAGGGUCGAUGGAGUAAUCUAUACAAGCUCCCCUAUAACUGGAUAGGAACGGGUCAUGUUGUGUACAGAGGAGGCUUCUACUAUAACCGUGCCUUUACGAAGAACAUUAUAAAAUACGAUCUCAAACAGCGCUUUGUCGCAGCAUGGUCUCAACUGCACGACGUCGUCUAUGAAGACGCCACGCCAUGGAAGUGGAAAGGUCACUCCGAUAUUGACUUUGCGGUAGACGAGAGCGGACUCUGGGUCAUCUACCCAUCUGCCGACUACGAUUACGCACAGACCGAGGUCAUCAUCAUCAGUAAGCUAGAUCCCAACGACCUUUCGGUCAAAAAAGAGACCACGUGGAGGACGAGACUGAGGCGAAAUUCUUUCGGCAACUGCUUUAUAAUAUGUGGCGUGCUGUACGCCGUGGACAUUUAUAACCAGAGGGAAGGAGAGGUUUCAUAUGCGUACGACACGCUUACCGGCGCUGAAGCCUCACCACGGUUACCUUUUAUAAAUGAGUACGGGCUCACUACGCAGGUUGAUUACAACCCUAAGGAGAAGGUUUUGUACGCUUGGGACAACGGGCAUCAACUCACCUACAAUGUCAACUUUGUUGAGCAAGAAAAGAAAUGAACUCUGAAACAGCUGGUGGAUCAGAAUUGUUGUCCAUACUUUUAAAGAUAGAGGUUCUGAAAGUGUUCUUUGCAGUUAAAGGUUCCUAAAAAAACUUUUUAUUUUACUUUUUAUAAUCUGUUGAGCCUUUAUCCACUACAAAGAACCCUUUGUGCGGAUGUUAAAGGAACCAUACAGCAAAAAAUGGUUAUUCUACGGCAGGGGUGGGCAUUUCUGGUCCUGGAGGGCCACUGUCCUGCAAAGUUUAGCUACAACCCUAAUCAAACACACCUAAAUAAUCUAAUCAAAGGCUGCAGGAUGACUUGGAAAUGACAUUCAGGUGUGUUUGAUUAGGGUUGGAGCUAAACUUUGCAGGACAGUGACCCUCAAGGACCAGAAAUAGCUGACCCUGUUCUAUGGCUUUGUGACGCACCUAAAAAGAUUGCAAUUGGGAUCCAAAUCUGCUAGCAAUAAUUCACAUCCGUCUGUGUGAUUGAUUAUGAUCGCCAGAUUGGUUCUGGAUAAAGAUAGUUUUAGCAUCUUAUGUGCUCAUGAACUUUAACUCAUCCCCCGCCAGCCUUUUUUUUAAGUUGCCUGCCAGCAUUUUUGUGAUUUUCACAAAAGUUCCACAAAAUGCCUUCCAGGAUUUUUUUUUUCUAAAAAUAUAAAUAUAUCAAAUGAAAAAACAGCCCUCUGCUUUUAAACAAACAAUAAACAAACAAACAAAAUGGGGAAAAAACAUUUCAUCUUAUAUUUUUUCUGUGCUUAUAAACUCUUGAAUAUGGUUAUUUUUCUACGAUUAUUAAAACAUACACACGGUAAAAUUAAUAAAUCUUUUUUUGCUUCAGUUUUUUAUAAAUUGGGGUAGUACGGAGUCCCUAAGGGGACAUGGAGCAAAAUUAAAUAAAGGUUAGUUUCGCGUGCGCACAUGAAAUUUUCGCGUUUAGUUUCGAGUGCGGAUGUGAAACGUUAGCGUGUGCACAUGAAACUUUCGCUGUCAUUUGCACACGAGUAGUUUCACGUGCAAACGCGAUAGUUUCACGUGCGCACGCGAUAGUUUCACGUGCGCACACAAUUGUUUCACAGAAUUUAAAAAAAAGUUUUGUUUCGCGUGCUUACGUGAAACUUUCGUGUGCACAUGUGAAACUUUCGCGUGCGCACGCGAAAGUUUCACGUGAGCAUGCAAAACUAAAUAAAAUAAAAAAAUUCUGCACAUGAAGGUUUCACGUGAGCACAUGAAACUAAACGUUAAUUUUUUUUACUCCUAUGUCACCUUAGGGGUUAGUGCGUCAUAAUAAUCAAUAAUCGCGGUAUUAUAGAUUAACAUAAAAACUCAUCAGGAACACGAUUUUUUCUAACAAUUGUUUUCUUUUAAUUGAUGAGAUAAUUGGUCUAUGGUGGGGAAAAGUUAAUAGACCUUUUGUGGAGAUCAUACAAGGACAAAGUUGAUUACAUAACAUCACAGUAAUUUGUUAAAUGCGCAAGAUUUGUGUAAUAAAGUGUUGUCAAGUGCUGUUUCACAUUUCAACAGUUUUAACUUUAAUUCAAACUUGCAUCUAGGUGUUAUACACUAUAAAUGAUGUGAUCAAUAAGUCAUGACAA